AUGCCAUUCAUGAAGAAUCUGCUUGCGCUCAGCGCAGGGCUGGUCUCGCUGGGAGGAGCCUAUGCCAAACUCGACCUUUCUACUUCCAACAAUGUCGUUGUGUACUGGGGCCAAAACUCGUUUGACGGUCAAGGCGAGCUCGCUCAACAGAGGCUGAGCUACUACUGUGAUGACGAGAAUAUCGAUGUCAUCGUCCUCGCCUUCGUGAUGACAAUCAACGGCCAAGGCGGGGCCCCCAACUACGACUUCUCCACCACCAGCAAACAAUGCAAGACCUUCGAGGGCACCAACCUCAAGGACUGCCCCGAAGUCGGCGAGGACAUCAAAACCUGCCAGAGCAAGGGCAAGACGAUCAUCCUGUCCAUCGGCGGCGCGACCUACAGCGAGGGCGGCUUCCAAUCCGACUCGGACGCCAAAGCCGGCGCCGAGCUCAUCUGGAAGACGUUCGGGCCCUCAUCCGGCAGCAAGGAAUCCUCGCACGGCAUCCUGAAGAACAAGAUCUUCCACCGGCCGCACGCAUACACCAACAGCACGAGACACAGAGGCUCCGCAGACGGCGAGGUGCACCGGCCGUUCGGCGACGCCUCGGUGGACGGGUUCGACUUUGACUUUGAAGCGGGGACGACGCACAUGCUGCCGUUUGCGCAGCGACUGCGCGAGCUGAUGGACGCCGACACGUCGCGGCAGUACUUCCUGACCGCGGCGCCGCAGUGCCCGUACCCGGAUGCGGCGGACAAGGACAUCCUCGCCGGGGACGUGUCGAUCGACGCCGUGUGGGUGCAGUUCUACAACAACUUCUGCGGCGUGAACUCGUUCCAGAAGGGCCAGGACGACCAGAAGAGCUUUAACUUCAAGACCUGGGACAACUGGGCCAAGACCGUGUCGAGCAACAAGAAGGCCAAGGUGUUCCUCGGCGUGCCGGCCAACACCAAGGCCGCGAGCACGGGCUACGUGCCGGCGUCGGAUCUGGAGCCGGUCAUCGAGUACUGCAAGACGUUUGAGAGCUUCGGCGGCGUCAUGAUGUGGGAUGUCACGCAGGCGUACGGCAACAAGGGGUUCUUGGAUACGGUGCGCAAGGCCGUCUCGCAGGCGCACUCGGCGCUGUUUGGAAAGGUGUACGGGAUGUCGCGGAAUAUCUGGGGAUUCUGA